UUGUAGUUACACUUUAAACUAUGUUGCCUUCCCCUUGAAGUCACCUUUUUAAAGAGUAAUGAUGGAGCUAAACAUAGUGUUUCUAAAAAACCUGAUUAAAAACAUUCCUCUGUGGUAUUUGAACUGAGCAUGUUGGCUGGAUGAGAGGAGGAUGGGCUAACAGUGACAGGGGAGUGUGUGUGUGUGUUUGUGUGAGUGGAGUGGGAGGAGGACUGAAAGCCACUGUCCUUUUAAAACAAGUUGUAGUGUUAGGGCUUCAUUAGAGCUCAUGUCACCUCAUGAGCAGCGAGGACAGUAAUCUUGAAAACAGCAAUUAAAGGUACGUGUUUGUGUGUGUUGUAUCACUCCAUUUGUGUAACAAUAUAUAAACUGCAGGUGACACUUUUCAAAAACGUUUUUGUUUUUCAUGUUCAGUGUUACAAAAUGUACUUUCUGCGCCAUUUAAUCUUUAUUUUCCAACAUUUCAGAUCUGAGUAUCAGACCAAAACAUGGAGUUCUGGCCUGAGAAUCAGGGACAGUCAUCUCUAUAUUCUAAAUUUGGUACCGUUCCUGGAAGAAACUGUACACAUAACUACCAUGACAGACAUCAGGCAACUCAUUACCCAUUAUACUAUGGUGAGCAGCAGGAUCAAAGCCGGGAGUCCAGUUACUGGACUGUACCAGGAUCAAGAGUUGGAGGGGCUCCACAGGAGUACACUAACUGGACGGACCAAGACCUGGCUGCCGCUGCUUCUUCCCACUUCCCUUUUAUUCUAGACCGUCACCCUCAGCCACACCAGGACCUGGGAGAAUAUCAGCUGCAUGAAGCCAGAGACAGAGAGUGGACUGUAGCUCAACGAGCAGCAAGGGAUUAUGAGAGAGGAUUUCUGAGGGAGGGAUGGCAGAGGAGGUGGGAGCCCUGCAGUCCUGUCCGCUACAACAGGGAAGUCUCUACCAAGAGGAGUGACAGCAGCUAUCGAGAGCUGGAGGCUUGGGCAGCUCGAUACAGCCAUUCUCUUCCAAGGAGGAGACGCAUCGAGGCAGAGUUGAGGGGCGCCUCUCAGGGGCUCCUGGAGAGCAGCCGGGCCCCAGACAGGGACAGCAGGAGUGGGACAGAUCCUCGACUCGCAGCGCUGCAACAGGUUAUACAAUCUGCAAACAUGAGAGAAUCAGGACAGUGGGAUAGAGGGGGCAGACAGCAAGCAUAUUAUCCAUCACAAACUCCUGCCAGUCCUGACACAAGCCAUGUCUUGGACAUGAAAGAAAAGGCUGGCUACCAGAGGAGGAUGUUCAGCCAACCACCUGGCUAUAUUGCUCCUCCUCCCUAUAACAGCCAGCAUAAAAGUACACCUGUGUUGCACAACAGUAACACCAGCUGGGAGCAGGAGGGUAAGAGACAAACCCACUGGUCACAGCCCACACUCAGAAAGGAGGAUGUCCCUGUAGAUCACCAAAAAGGACAGAAAGAGGACUUCACAAAACCAGAUGUAAAUCAGUAUACCUUCCCAGAGCUUGAAGGGCUUCAGCACCAAAAACAGGAAACGGAUGCUUCACAGGCAAGCAGUCCUGUUAGUACCCAGAAACUGCACAUACAGCGCGAAAAUAUGAUGUCUCCGCAACAGCAACAAGUGCUACAAGCAAUUCAGAAUGAAAAAAUAAAUGAAGAAUCAUACUCUAAAGUCAUUGAGGGAAGGAAGUUCAGAUUGAACAAAAAGACAGGCGGGAUGACCAUAUUCUGCUUGGUGUCUCGCAUAGCAGCCACCACAGAAACCCCAUCUUUGCCACUUUGUACCUUGCAAACAAACAUUCAAAACACAGAGCAAGGAGGGGAUUCUCAAGGUCUGACGGACAGUGGUGACAAUCAAACACACAAACUUGCAGAUGAGGUAGACUUCAGAGGGCCAACACUCGCAGAGCAGUCGAACACUUCUGAUGAGGGAAGUCUCGAAGUCCAGCAGAAAGAGACAACAACCUGCGUAGAAAGUGAGAUGCUCGAGCUUAAUCAAUCAAACAAAGCAGAGACAGGUGCCUUUUCCCCAGAAAAAGUGAGUCCAGAUGAUGCUGAUGCUAAAUUACGGAGACAAGCUGCUCAGCCAGUGUCAGUCAAAUAUCCUCUGUGGAGGGAGCCUAGUUUCACAAGCCGGGCGGAAACUGAGAGUUCGCCCACAUGUUUGAGAACAAACAGUGAGGAGGGAGGAACAGAUCCUCUGCAUAACCAAGAGGUCUCUGCUGAAGUUCAUCCAACUGACAUUGAAGUAAUGAGACUGGACAUCAAGAAAGACACUGAAUCAGAGGACAGUGAGGGUUUACUUGUUAUUGACACCACCUGUGUUGUUGUUAAAAUGGAGCUGAUCCCAUCACCCAAGAAGGAGCAUGUUCACUUCUUGGAUUCUGCGUCACACAGUGAAGACAGUCCACUCGACGCUCAAUCAGCCAUCUCUCCUGAAUGUGUCCAAUCAAACAGUCAGCCAAAUCAGGAAGUGGCAACUGACCAGAAUGUAGAAACAGACCCCUUGCACAUGAAUGAAAGGCCUGAACAAGACUCAGAUCUUACAGAGACAAAAGCAUCUGAGGAAGAAUGUGAAAUGUCUUUCCCCUGCGUGUCCCCAUCUUCAGUUUCUGAAAGGGAAACCUUGGAGGAGCGUGCUGAAAGAAUCCUGGGUAUCCCUCUACAUGACUGCAUCACUGAGCAGCGACCUGAAGAUGCAUCAUCACUUCUUGGCACAUGUGUGGAGCACCAGGAAGUUGAACGUUCUCUGAUUAAAGAUAGUGAUAUUACUGAUGCGACUGAACAAGUCCCAGUUGAUACAACAGAGAUAGAAAACUCACAGCAUCAGUUAGAGGUUGGACAAACUGAUGAUGACGUGUGUUUGCAAGAGAAUGAAAAUGCCAAAGAUCAGCUGGCAAAUGGCGGUGGUGAGGAUGCAUCGUCACUUCUUGGCUCAUGUGUGGAGGACCAGGAAGUGGAACCUUCUCCGAUUAAAGAUAAUGACAUUAUUGAGGCCACUGAACGAGUCCCGGAGGAUACGACAGAUGUCGAACAGUCACAGACUCAGUUAGAGGUUGGACAAACUGAUGACGCAGUGUGUUUACAAGAGAAUGAAGAUCCGAAAGAUCAUCUGGCAAAUGGAGGCGGUGAGGAUGUUGUUGGGUCUCAGGAGCAGGCCUCUGUUAUGUCUGAAGAGAAUGACUCUGACUUGCAACUCGAAACAGACAUCAAAGCUUCAUCUGAAAUUGAAAUGAGUCAGGAUCUUAAUCCAAAAUGUACUCGUGAAGAAGGUACGACUGAGCAUGGUCAGGAAGAAAAUGUUGAGAACGACGCUUCUUCUCAACACCCCCGUCAGAUUCCCGGUCCGCCCAUCGCUAUUAAUAAUUCUUCUUCACUUUCAUCUGCUCUGGACUGUGAAGCGCACAACCCUUGUCUUUUUCUUCCACUCUCAUCCUCCGAUCUUACAUCAAACAUUGAAGAAGGCCCUGAUCCUGAGUCGAUUGCUCUCGAUUCACCUUAUCCUGAAACAUCUCCUCCUCACGCUCCAACAGAACAACUACAAUCUCCUCCUCCCCCUGGAUCACCUGACUUUUUACAAAACGCCACUCCCCAUACAGACCACUCCCCAAGCCCCUCUCCCCUUGACUUAAUAGAUCAAACUGAAGAAGCUGUGUCAAGCAGUGACAAUGAAGGUCAGACAUCACAUCUACCCAACAAAAAGGCCAGUAACGCCCUUGAGGACCUUGCCAAGGAUAUGAGAGAGGAUCUCGUGUCUCCAGAUGAAAGUGGCAACCUAGAUGAUGCUGCUUCUUUGAAGGAGAGCAAAGUGACUGAUGAGCUACAAACACAAGAAGCUGACAAGGACCCUACAGACCAUGUUAUGGAACAGAGACUUAAAAUUCCCCAAGAAAAUGCCACUGGGGUCAACAUUUUGCAGCAACAACUUGGAUGUGUCCAGGCAGAGGAUGUUGUUUGUGUAAAAGAGAGUUAUCUGAGUGAAGCUCAACUACCAAAGGAAAUCAAUGACCAAAUACAGACACUUGAAAUAUCCAAACAAGAUGCCAUAGAGGUCAACGGAUUGCAGGAACAGCUUGAAGGUUUUAUGACUAAAGAGGAACUACCAAUAGAAGUCAGCGGGGAGCCAGUAAGUUUCUUGGAGCAGACAAUAUGCCCCCGAAACGUGACUCAAAUUCAAACUCAAACAGAGGUCAACACUUUGCAACAGUUUGAAAGACAGAAUGCUUCAUAUCUAAAAGAAAUGUAUAUGACUGAGGCACAAUCAAAAAAAGAAGCCAAAAAAGAUUCGAUGGGGAUUUUGGAACAAACAAUACCCAAAGACAAUGCUACAGACUCUCAAACUCAACCAGAGAUCGAAAUGUUGCAAGACACUGAACCACAGGCUGAACCCGCCAACUCAUCUCUUCGCUCACCUCCAGAUUCUGACAGUGAGAGGUCUCAAUUACCUACUGAGCUUCCUUGUCCGCCACAUCUGUCGCACAUGUCAGACACAGAGUUUGUUUCCCUUUCAGAAAUAGACUCAGUCUGUCCCUCGGCUCUAGACACUGUUCCUUCUCCUCAUCUGGACUCUUGUGAGGAACCCCCUCAGUUCUCACCUUCCUCUUCCUCUGAUUCACCUUCUCUCUUGCAUCCUAGCUCAUCAGCUCCUUUGCAGCAAGAAGAAAGUGGAAGAGUUUCCUCUGACUUACUCCUCCAAGAGGAGACCCAGUAUCCAAAGUCCCUGUGGGAUGCAGUAAAUCGCAUUAGGAAACAUACAGCACCCGACUCGGAGAACGAGGAGGAGGAGGUGAGUGAGCUGUGGGAUCGAGAGAGCGUAGGGGAGGACUUGUGCUGGGACAUGAAUUCUGAUAAGAUGGUCUUUGGUGAAGCAGGGCAACAGAAGGUUUCAGCAGAAGGUGUUGAGGGUGUAGAGGUGGGACGAAUUGAGCAGGAUCUACUUCAUGAAGAGCUAAGCAGGCAUGCGGAAGAAGACACACUGUCCUGCAGCAGCGCCAGCAGCCAUGGCUCCGGGGACACAGUUAUUGUAGCAGAUGAAGAAGAAGCUGACGAAAUGUCACUCGAGGCCGGGACAGAAAGCAAGACAGAGAAUGACAAGGAGUUUCAGACGGCUGAGGGAGAGGGAUGCUGUUGUGGGGAAGUAAAAAAUGAGACUGCAGCUAAGACACAGGAAGAUGACGGCGAUGAGAGCCUCACAAAUUAGUCUAGUAAGAGUCAGAGGGGCAGGGGAAAUUAUGGAAACAGAGGAAAAAGAAAAUGAGGAGGAGGAGGAGGAGGUGGUACUGAUGCCCUCAGAGGUCGGGGUAUCAGUGAGUCUGUAACUGGAUGAACAAGGAGUGCUGGCCUAAUAUGUUUUAUAAAACAUAUAACCACUACGGUAUGUACCAUCUGAAUUUAUAUAGUGCCUGAUAAUGAAUGGAAGUAAUUUCCUCAAUAACAUUUUGUAGCAGAUAUUUUCACAAAGACUAACAGAUUUUCUAGUUCAAGAGUAGUCUUAGAGCUUUUAUUUUUGAUGGAGAAGUAGUGACGCACUUAACUUUGUUAUGUAGGAAAUUGAUAUUUGUGAAAUCUAAAAUAUCCCAACCAACGCUUUUUUGACAAAUCUAUCCUUGUAAAGCAGACCAUGUUGUACUUUUUCCUGAAUCUUAUUGUCUAUUUAUCCUCUGUUUCAAUAUCGUUUGAGAUAAUAUGUAACUUUUAAAUUAUCAAAGUGUAUGUCAGACUAUUUGGAGUGAUUCUGUGGCAAAAAACAAGCAAUUGUUCUGUACUUUAAGUAAAUAAAAUGAUGGAGUGCAUUAACGAAAGGGUGUGGAAAGUUUAUAUUGUGGCCUUUAAGGACGUCGUGUCUUGUAGAGGGUUAUUUUCAGCAAAUGUUUGAGGUCAAGCUCAUUGCCUGUUGUGAUAAUGUGUCACAUCAGUGUAGGACUUGCAUGCAUAUAAAAAUUAGAAUACACUGGUGUGAAAUCAACUCAUGGUUUAACUGAUUUACAAUUGAGCCUCUAUGAAUUUUUGUUUAGAAAACAAAAGGUAAUCUUGUGCUGAUACUGUACAAAUACAGUUCCACUAAUUAAAGACAAAACAGAUGCAGAGAAAACUUACAAAGUUUAUAUAAAAAGGAAUUAUCAGGAGAAUGUUCACGAGACAAGAUAAUUCGUUCACACAUUGAAAAAUUACCAAAAAUACUUCCUGAACUUUCAACAUUGACAGUACAGCAUGAGGACUUUCCAACUGAGUAUGAUCCUUUAAUUUGGACUCAACUAUCUGAUUAUGGACUGCAGUGCUCUCUAGUUCAAUUAACAAGACAAUUCUUGCUCAAAAGUAAAAAUUAACCCCCUCAAAUAUAACAAUUAAAGCAGGUUGCACUUGGCUUUUGUAGUGUUUAAGGAAAAAAAUAUCUUAUA